AUGGAGAGCAUCUUGAAGAAAACGUUGCAGUAUCAAAGUUCGACACUUAAAAAAUUUGAUUUACACUAUCUAAGAAAAAUAACAGGAAAUUUCUCUAAAUAUCAGAUGCUUGGAGAUGGUGGGUACGGAUUUGUUUACAAGGGUGUACAAGAAAAUGGUGAGGUGAUUGCAGUGAAGAAGCUUAAAAAGAGCAAUGCGGGAAUGGAUGAUAAGGAACUUAUGGAUGAGGUUCAACAUGCUAUGUAUAUUUGUCAUCCUAACAUAGUAAAACUCGAAGGCUAUUGUUACCAAAUAGAAAAGGAAUUAGUUUUAUGCAAUGGAUCUUAUAUUUUUGCGGAUGAGGUGCAUAGGUUGCUAUGUUUUGAGUAUCUGCCUAAUGGAAGUCUCGACAAGUAUAUUAGUGAUGAAUCUUCUGGGCUAGAGUGGCACACACGUUAUAUAUUAAUUGAGGGGAUUUGCAUGGGUUUAUAUAUUCUUCAUGAGGGUAGAGACGGUGCAUCCGUUCUUCAUUUGGAUCUAAAACCUACCAACAUAUUGAUAGAUAAGGACAUGACUUCCAAAAUCGCCGACUUUGGCUUGUCAAGGCUCUUUUGUGAAGGAAAAACUCAUACUUGCGCCACAAAGGUUAUCGGAGUAAAGGGAUACAUGGCACCUGAAUACAUAAAUAGAUUCAUUCUCUCAAAAAAGUCAGAUAUAUUCAGUUUGGGCGUUAUAAUUUUAGAGAUAGUGACUGGACACAGAAAAUACCCCGAAGUAACAAGUGAGAAUGAAUUUAAUGAGAUAAAUGAAAAAUGGAGGGCCAGGUUGCAGAAAACAUCAAACAAGACAUCAUUGGAAGAGGAGUGCCGACAAGUAGAUCAAUGCAUUAAAGUAGGCCUAAAAUGCAUGGCGCAAGACCCAAAGGGAAGGCCAAAUAUAAGAGAAAUAGUCCAGGUUCUGAAAAGAAAUGAAUGUUCAGUAAGAGAUGACCGUAUUCAGAUCGAAUGA